AUGGCUCCUGGUGGGAAAGUUAGAGCCGAAGCAAAAGGCCUUGAGCCACUUACCAGUUUAGGUAGUGCUGGGGAUCGUACACAAGCUGCUGACCACGAAGUCGAUCUUCACGUACUCAGUUCCCAAGAUGUCGCUAUUGAGGAUGUUGCUUUUGAUCUUACAGCCGAAGAGAAAUUUUAUAUCUUGAAGCGUCUUAACUACGAAAACUUAGACACUCUUGAAGACUUACCUAUUUCGGCGACCUUUAUGUUACAGAAAGUUGCUGAUAUCUCCAUUGAAGAUUCUUUGGAAAUUUGCAAGGAAUAUUUGACAGACCACCAAGAUGACGUGAAUAUUCCUACUGAAGAAUACGACUUCGUCGAAAAGCUAUACAAUAUGGCCCCUGAUUACAUUCUCCAGCCUAAGAUUGAUGAAAAAGGAGGAUUGCUUCGAGAGGAAGUCUCGUCCAGUGACAGCAAAGAUCCCAUCGCCAAAGCAGUCGUGAAUAAGAAAAAGGGGCAUUUCAAUACUUCUAGUGAGGUUAGUUCUGAUGUUGAGUCUUCAGUCUACCAUAUUUUCGACUGGGGUCUUCAACUUCGUACCGAAGCAGCUAUGGUGGCCUACCAUUCGCCUUACCCAGAAGUCAGGUCAGUCACACAUCCAUUCGAUGACCACACUCUUCCUGUUGAGACUUUAAGAGUUUAUAUUCUUGGUACCAUAUGGACUGCUGUUGGUACGUUUGUCAAUCAGUUUUUUUCUGAAAGACAGCCAACUAUUUCAUUGGGAACGCCAGUUGUUCAGCUCUUGCUUUAUCCCUCUGGUGAGCUCAUGGCUGCUAUCCUCCCUCGCAAAACUCUCAGGCUCUGGAAGUGGUCUGUCGAUUUAAAUCCAGGGCCAUGGAAUUACAAAGAACAAAUGUUAGCCACGAUUUUCUACUCCGUUUCUGCUACUAUUCCAUACGUCUCAGCAAACAUCCACGUCCAAAGACUCCCCCACUACUAUAAUAACCAAUGGGUUGAUUGGGGUUACCAGAUAUUACUUGUUCUUUCGACUCAGUUCAUGGGUUUUGGAAUUGCCGGUCUUAUUAGAAAGUUUGCUGUGUACCCUGUUAGAGCCAUGUGGCCAACCCUCUUGCCAACACUUGCGUUGAACAGAGCUUUGAUGCAAAAGGAGAAAAAAGCAAACAUCAAUGGAUGGACUAUCUCGAGAUACUCAUUCUUUUUCAUCGCCUUUGCUGCCUCGUUUCUUUACUUCUGGGUCCCAACAUAUCUUUUUGAAGCCAUGUCUUACUUUAACUGGCUAACAUGGAUUGCUCCCAAGGAUUUUACAUUAAACUUGGUGACUGGGCAUCUUUAUGGGUUAGGCUUGAAUCCAAUACCGACCUUUGAUUGGAACAUCAUCAACUGGAACUUUGCAUUAGUGAUCCCAUUCUAUUCUCAGGUUAACCAAUACAUUGGAACGCUCCUUGGAUUUUUUUGCAUCAUUGGAGUAUACUAUUCGAACUACUACUGGACGGCUUACCUCCCUAUCAAUACAUCGACUUUAUUUAACAACCGCGGUGAAAGAUAUCAAGUGAAUGAGGUUGUCAACGACAGAUCAUUGUUUGACUCCCAAAAGUAUGAAGAAAUCGGGCCACCAUUCUAUUCCGCUGCAAACUUGGUUGUAUAUGGCACUUUCUUUGCUAUUUAUCCAUUUGCUUUUAUUUACGAAGUCUUCAUGCACUGGAAGCCUAUGUGGUACGCUUUGAAAAGUUUGGGUUUAUCUUUCAGAAGCUUUAAAGCAUCCACUUUUGACGGCUUUGACGACCCUCACACUGUAAUGAUGAAGAAAUAUAAGGAGGUGGCCGACUGGGUUUUCCUUGUUGUGUUGGUAAUUUCGAUUGUCUUGGCCAUUAUCUGUGUUCAAAUCUAUCCUGCUGAAACGCCAGUUUGGGGUAUCUUCUUUGCGCUCGGAAUGAAUAUCAUUUUCUUGAUUCCUCUUACGGCAAUUCAAGCUACAACUGGUUUUGGCUUCGGGCUUAAUGUGUUAGUUGAGUUGAUUGUUGGUUACGCUUUGCCAGGUAACGGUCUUGCAUUGAACUUUAUUAAAGCAUUAGGGUAUAACAUCAACGGUCAAGCUCAGAACUAUAUUACAGACCAGAAGAUGGGUCACUACAUUAAAGUUCCUCCAAGAGCUCUUUUCAGAUGCCAAAUGCUUUCAGUUUUGAUCAACUGUUUUGUUUCUUUGGCUGUCUUGAAUUUCAUGAUUGAUGAAGUGGAAGAUUAUUGCACACCUUACAGUAAACAAAAAUUUUACUGUCCAGGCACCAAUAUUUUCUUCUCUGCAUCGGUCCUAUGGGGUGUUAUCGGCCCUGCAAAGGUUUUUGGUGGUCUUUACCCGAUGUUGCAAUGGUGCUUCUUGAUUGGUGCUCUUGCUCCAAUCCCAUGUAUUAUCUUCAAGAAAUACGGCCCACCAAAACUCACAAAAUACUUUCAACCUACCUUGAUUAUUGGAGGUUUCUUGGUCUAUGCUCCAUAUAAUUUGUCCUACUACACUUCUGGUCUUUAUGCAUCCUUUGCUUUCAUGUACUACAUUAGAAAGCAUUAUCAAGCAUGGUGGGAAAAGUACAACUACGUUUUGUCAGGAGCAUUGGAUGCUGGUGUGGCUUUCAGCAGUAUCAUCAUUUUCUUUUCCGUUCAAUACAAUGAGAAGCCUCUCGAGUGGUGGGGUAAUACGGUUUCAUACGAAGGCAUUGAAGGUGGAUCUGGCAGGCAAAGCUUAAAGAACGCUACAUUGGAAGCACCAGAUGGUUACUUUGGUCCAAGAGUUGGUGACUUCCCAUAA